GCGCGGUGCGCUUGGUGCCGCGCAUGCGGCUGUGACAAGAUGGCAGCGCCUCGGCGGCAGCGUGAGGAGGAGGACGGGGAGGGAGCGGUGCCCGCAGAUGUUUCGCUGGAGGCGAAGCGGCCCCGCGGGCAGCGGCGGCUCCUGGUGGUGCUGGAGGGGGCGAGUCUGGAGACUGUGAAGGUGGGGAAAACGUUCGAGCUCCUUAACUGCGACAAGCACAAGGCGCUGCUGCUGCGGAACGGCCGGGACCCCGCGGAGGUGCGGCCGGACAUCACCCACCAGAGUCUCCUGAUGCUUAUGGACAGCCCACUGAAUCGGGCUGGUCUCCUGCAGGUUUACAUCCAUACCCAGAAGAAUGUUCUAAUUGAAAUCAAUCCCCAAACCAGAAUCCCGAGAACUUUUGAUCGGUUCUGUGGUCUUAUGGUUCAGUUGCUGCACAAGCUCAGCGUUCGAGCAGCUGAUGGGCCUCAGAAACUGUUGAAGGUGAUUAAAAACCCAGUCAGUGACCAUCUCCCUGUGGGCUGCCUGAAGCUAGGUACCUCUUUUGCAGUCCCAAAAGUGUCAGAUCUGCGUGAACUGGUUCCUACAGCAGAGCCAGUUGCCAUUGUUGUUGGAGCUUUUGCUCAUGGUUCGGUCAAUGUUGACUAUACAGAAAAGAUGGUUUCCAUCAGCAAUUAUCCCCUCUCUGCUGCCCUGACGUGUGCUAAAAUUACCACUGCCUUUGAAGAAGUCUGGGGAAUAGUAUGAGUUUCUGCUGCUGCUGUGGUGGACUUCUGUGCAGUGACUCCAUAUUCUGGAAAGGCUCUUUCAAUUAGGGAUGGACCUGGUGCAACUUUGGGCUCUUUGAAGGGAAAAGGCAUCAGUUUCUCCUUGUAGCUUCUGGAGCAAUGAGACUGAACGGACUGCCCUACUCACCCUUUUUCCUCCUAUUAAAGGCCAUUUUUUAUAAGA